UUGAACCUGCAGAUCCUGGGCUGGGCCAUCAUCAUCACUGCUUCCAUCUGUGGCCUCCUGGGCACCUGCUACAGACGCUGUCGCUCCAAGGUCAGCUACCUGCAGCUCACCUUCUGGAAACGCUACAUGGAGAAGGAAAAGGAGCGCUUUGACACUUUCGCUGUGGACUAUGCCACCAAGCUGGCUGAGAGGAAUCUGAAGAGCUUCUUUGAGAACAAAGGACCAGAUCCUUUCCCUCUGCCCAGCCACAAGGCAUGGGAGGAGAUCUCAGAGUACUACACCUUCUCCAGGAGUGAGCAGUGUUACAGCAUCUUGCAACGCUUUGUGGAGAGGUCUGACAGGGACUUCAGCCCAGAGAAGAGGCCAGUCCUGGACAUGGAGCAUGCUAUAGAGAUGACAUAACCUCCUUCACAGCUGGUAUUUACUCUGCCUGCAUGACUUUCGGAGCUCAGGACCAAGCAGAAAUCUAGCUUACCGAGCAUUGUCUGCUGCAAUGUGCUCCCAGUUAUCACUGCCACAUUUCCACAUUUCAGCCCAACUUUAAACUGGAUCUAGUCUGAGCCAU